UGGUCUUCAUGCGUCGUGCAUGCAGUGCGAUACGUUGGUAAACAGUAUGAGUGCACAGCAUAAAGGUCAUGGUGGAGCUGGGAAGAAAAGAUCAAAGGCAUAUUACAUCAAAUGUGCCAAGCAGAAAAAGUUCAAAAGGAAUGUGCUGGAUGUAGAGAUGAAAGGCUUCCUGGUAACGUGUAACUCGCACGAGGAUCAGGCAGUUAGGGAGUGCUAUAAUCUACUGAAUGAGUAUGCUGACAAGUUGUAUGGACCAGAACAGCUUUCAGGGGAGAAGUCCUCAGCUGCAGGUGGUAAUGAUGAAUUAGGUAACAGUGAUGCUGAUGAGUCUGAAGAGGAUGAUAUUGAAACUGCUUUACAGAAGGAAGUCAGGGCCCUGAAGGAGACAAAACCAACUGAACGACGCUUUCAGAGACUCGACUGUUCAGCAAAAAACUGCUUGUUCAUUAAAGCAAAUGUUGAGGACCCAAGCAAGCUUGGUCAUGAAAUACUAAGUGACAUUGCUACGACUCAAAUUCUGAAAAGCCGCUUCGCUCUUCGACUCUUACCUGUUCAGGUAACAUGUAAGGCAUUUGUUGAGGAUAUAAUGCAGGCAGCUGAAGCCCUUUUAGAGCCUCAUUUCCGUCUUCCCUUCGGUGAAAGUCUAACUUUUUCUGUUCUGUUUAAAUCCAGGAAUAACAACAGCUUGUCUCGUGACAAAGUCGUUCCCCGUAUUGGCCAGCUUAUAAAAGACAUGAAUCCCCUGAAUUCCUGUGACUACCACACCCCGGAUAGAGUGGUACUCGUAGAGGUGUUGUGUAAGAUUUGUUGUCUUAGUGUCGUCAGAGACUUCUACAAACUGAGAAAAUACAACCUGCAUGAAGUGGCUUGUGUGAAAUCAGCGGAGAGUCCUGCUCAAGAGCAGACAAGUGUUGCCAAAAAGGAUACCAAGAAACCAGACCUAAACACUGUUGAUUCAGGAGCUAGUGACAUUCCAAAUCCCGAGAGUGAAACAGAACAGAAACCAUCUGAGGGAAAUUUUGUUCCAUCUCAACAGAAAACUCUAGGUGUGUCCUUAACUGAAACUGUAGGUUGUGGAACUGAAGUAUCUUCUAUUCCAAGCGAAGGAUCCAAGAUGAUGCAAAAUGAAGAUGGGAAUAAUUGUACCGAAGACGCGUAGAAUAAUUUAAUGUGGUACACAUUUUCCUGCAGAAAAUUUAAUAUUCUGUUAUUCUUCAAGUCUGAAUAAAAUCAGUUCCU